GUCAAAGGUCAAACUUCCAACUCCUUACCGGGGAGGAAAAGUUUAGAUUCACAGAUAAUUUGCAGUGGCACGGGCUAAAGACGUCUUGUGGUGGCUGCCUUGGAGAAGGGGAAACUAGGGGCCUAAAACCAAGACCUAGACGGUUAAAACAAGAAAGCACGGUCCUUCGGAAAUACUUCUGUGGACUUUGCGUCUCGUGAUUAAAUGAAAUGAACGCGUGCGUCUCGAGACUUGAAAAGUUUGAAAUGGAUUAACGACGCUCCGGGGUUUAAUAGGCUGCAAGCAAAUACAGUCAGCGGUGUGCUAGGUACUAGACACGCAAAAGGUUAGAGCAUUAAAAGAAGCCUCUUCGAAGUUGGGUGUUACAAAAUUCGUUCGAACUGGCGUUUGCUGGGAUAUAAAAUGAGGUCAUUUAUACUUUGGAUGUGUCUAUCGGCGAUUGUUGUCUCCCGAGGACAAGAGGCGGAUCGAAAUGACAUUUCGCAAGAUUUGGACGAAGACCAGCUAAUGCUAGAUGGGAAAGUAGAUCAAAAACCUUUUCUCAGACGCGAGACAGACAACGCAGACGCUCGUGACGAAGUGAACGUGGGGAAAAAAUUAGAAAAGCUAACUUCCAGAAACGACGAGAAUGAAGUUUUGAAAAACUCUGACAAAGUCGAGGUAGAUGAGCAUGGAGUCAAAGUGGAGUUACCGCGCGACGAAAUCGCGGACAAUAUCAACGUUCUUCCUAAAGUACAGGGUCCCCUGCCACUGGACGGGGAGCUACCCCCGGGGGAGGAUGAUGACACUUUUAAGCCCGUGCAGCUCUCCACGGAUUUCAACGUCUAUGACUCGGACCGUGACGGAUUCAUAAGCCUGGCGGAGCUGAUCAACGCCACGGGGGCGGAAGAGAACGUUGAAGAGGCGUUUAACGUCACGGAUACAGACGCCGACGGUCAAGUCUCAAUGGAAGAAUUCAGUGUUGCACCUUGGUUGCUGGAUGCCGGCGAACCCGAAGACAUCGUCAUUGAAGAACUCAAAGAGGAUAUCAUCGAAAAAAUUGACAAAUAUCAAAGAAAAUCUUACAAACAACACCAUCAUGACAAGGAAAAAGACAAUCUGGAGAAAGAAGAGAAAGAGAGUCUAUAAUGCAAUCAACCAGUUGUCUUGUUAUAUUAAAGGGAUACUAUUGUUUCGGUGCGAUCUGGAUUUUCUUGGAACGCUAAAUUGCCUUCUUUAAAUCGCUUCUACAUUGCCACCCUGUCAAGGACUUGUUGCCGGAGGGGGCAUUCAUCUUACAUCUUCUUAAAUAAAAACGACAAUAAGAAUAUUGGAUUCAGUUAUCAAGAUUCGGAUGCUCAUUGAUAAAAUCUUAUGUAUCGUUUACGCCAUAUUUUCUCAAAUUCUGGCUGAAUAAUUAUUUUCGGAUAUUCGUCAAAGUUCGUGCGUGUUCUUAUGAGUUGAUACAAACGUAUAAGAGUAAACAGGAUAAUAAAGAAGUGGCAUCUAGCACGGGUCUAACUCAAAACGGUUGUAGACGAACUUCAAGGAAGUUGAGGUUGAUUGCAUUUUAAGAUGCUGUUCACACUGGAUACCUUGUGUUAUCCGAGCGCUCAACUCGAGCGAGUGGCCCGAAGAACACAUUCGUCUUGGAGUUUAUCUAAAAACGAUUUUUGUUCAAACGGUGCUAGAUGCGACCAUAUAUUCGCCUUCAAAAUCCUAGUUUCUCAAUAUUUGAGGGAACAGCUGCUGCAAGUUUAAGCAAACAUCAAUAUCACCUAAAACAUGUCCAUUAAACUGCAGGAUAUGGGUUGCCGCGCAGCAGUUAUUCGGGUUAUGGAUAGAACGUUUUUGAGUAUGCCAACCUGAAAGCAAACCACCGCCGAUAAAAACAUUUCCGAUUCUAUGAAAAAAAUCAGAAACGAUCGCAUAUGACUUCAAUUGCUCGAUUGUAAAUGUACUUGGAUUUCCUUCCUGCGGUCAAAUAUAAUAUAAUCUUCAA